UGUACUGAAAUAUAAAACUGGCAAUGACGGUCUAAGAGGCGCGAAAUUUUUGUUUACUUUCCGAGUUUUCUCUCAUUUGAUAUUGGUCUAUUUCUAUUUAAUUAAAAUGAAAAUAAAAACUGAACCAUUAUCCCCAUCAAAGUCAGAUCUUCCAGCAAUAUCUGAUGAAGAAACUGAAGAAAAAGUGAAGAAACAGGAGGAAGGUGUAGACAAUGGAAAUUGUUCCUCUGAAUCAUCAGAUAAAAGAACAACAGUAAAAGUUGCACAGUCUUCUCGAAAAUCUAAAAAGGAAACAGGACAACAGCCUUCUAUUUCUUCAUUUUUUACCAAAAUGCAAAACAAAAGAAAACUGGAAGAAGAUGAGAAUUCCAAUUCCAAUGGGCAAUCAAAAAAAUCUAAAUCAAAUGGUAAAGUGGAGGAAGAUGACAAAAGGAAGGUGGAAAAAGAUGAAAAUUCCAAUGGGCAAUCAAAAAAAUCUAAAUCAAGUGACAAAGUGUCAAAUGGACAAAAAAGUUCAUUGUUGCCUAUGCGAUGUCCAGAUUGUAGACAGCAUUUAGAUGGUCCAGAUUUAAAAUUAUAUCCUGGUGACCCUGACGAGGCACAAGAAGAGUUCAUUAUGUUAACUGCACCAAUCCUAUCACUCCAUACUGAAGGUGAUUACGACACUGUGGAUGUUAAUGAAAGAGUGCAGCAUCGCAUUACAAAUUUCAGUGUUUAUGAUAAGCACACACAUCUUGUACCUUUUGAUCAAGGCCUUAUUGAGAAGAAUGUUGAAUUGUUCAUUAGCGGUUAUGUUAAACCAAUUUUCGUAGAAGACCCAUCUGAUACACAUGGUGGUGUGCUGGCACGAAACUUAGGACCAAUCAAUGAAUGGUACGUUUCUGGUUUUGAUGGUGGUAGCAAAGCACUCAUUGGAUUGGGAACAGAUUUUGCUGAAUAUAUUCUGCUGAAUCCAAGUGAACUCUAUGCUCCUUAUAUGAAUGCUGUUCAAGAGAAAAUAUAUCUGAGCAAGUGUGUUAUUGAAUGCCUUAUAGAAAAUAAUGAGGCUAGUUAUGAAGACUUAUUGAACAAGUUAGAGAAUACUGUCCCACCCCAAGGCAUUUCAACAUUCUCUGAGGAUUCUCUCCUGCGCCACGCCCAAUUCAUUGUGGAUCAAAUUGAAAGUUAUGAUUCAGCUGCUAAUGAAUAUGAUCCAAUUCUUAUCGUUUCUCCUGCAAUAAGAGCUUUGAUAGAGUUAUCAGGAAUAACACUAGGAAAACAACAUCGUAUAAAGAUACCAACUCAAGGUCGAAUAGCUAAAGCAAAGAAGCCUGUCCAUACAUUAGCUACUACAACACCACUUGUACAUAGUAUAUUUGAAAUGUUUUUUACUGGUCAACUGGAGGAUGAUAAAAAAAACAGUGCUCCUCGAAGAAAAAGAUGUGGAGUUUGUGAAGCUUGUCAACUUCCAGAUUGUGGGAAAUGUAACUUCUGUCGGGAUAUGGUGAAAUUUGGUGGAAGCGGUAGAGGAAAACAAGCAUGUGCUCUCAGACGUUGUCCUAAUAUGGCUGUUCAAGAAGCUAAUGAGGAUGAUAUUUUAACAGAUAACUUAGAAGAUGAAAUGGAUAAGAAAGCUACCUCAACUGUAAAUGGAACUAGCUCACGAAAAGGAACUUCUGUUACUUCCAAAUUUGACGUUAGUUGGAUUGGUAAGUCUUCCUUUGAAGCAGAAUCAAGAAAGUAUUAUUUUGAAGCUAAGAUCAAUGAUUUCACACUAAAACUAGGAGACUUCGUUUUCGUAACACCUUCAGAGCCCAGCACUCCUAUGUUUAUUGGUAAAGUCUUAUCUAUGUUCGAAACACCAUCUGGGAAGAAGAAAUGUCAUGCAAUGUGGUUUGAGCGAGGUACUGAUACUGUAUUAGGAGAGACAUCUGAUCCCCAUGAAAUAUUUGGAACUUCUGAAUGUGGUGAUAUAGGGCUAGCCACUAUUCGUAAUAAAUGUAAUGUUAUCUUUAAAGCUCCUGCACCAAAUUGGCAUGAACUUGGAGGCACUGAAGAUUCCUUAUUUGAUACAGUGGAAUUAGUUGAUGAAUCGUCAUUUUUCUAUCAAAAAUGGUAUGAUGCAGACACAUGCAGAUUUGAAGACCCACCUCUAUAUCAUAAUUCUAUGCCUAGUUGUGAUGAGAAUAAAACAAUCUGUUUUGGAUGUAUAAAAUACGAAAAUGCUGAAGAAUUGGCAACUGUUAGCUUUAUUCAAUAUGAUGAGGAUAAAGAUACAAAAUAUUAUAAGAGUGGUCGGUGGCUAGGACAAACAAUACAAGUAGGAGAUUGUGUUUAUAUAAAUCCUGAUGUUUUCAGUUUUCCUAAGAAGAAAGUAGUUAAGACAGAAAGUACUGAGUCAGAGAAAGAGGUUGAUGAAACUGUGUAUCCAGAAGCGUACAGAAAAAGCGACUACGUAAAAGGCUCAAACCUAGAUGUACCUGAACCAUUUAAAAUUGGAUUCAUAACAAAACUUUUCCAAAAGAAAAGAGGAGAUCCCAAAGUAACUGUUAAAGCAUUCUAUAGACCAGAAAAUACUUCCCGAAGUGAAUCUUUGAAUCACUCAGCAGAUUUCAAUCUACUGUUUUGGAGUGAUGAAGAAUAUACUUUUGAAUUCACAAAUAUUAAAGGAAAAUGUUAUGUUGUCUUCAGUGAAAAUCUUACUGAGUCAGUAGAUGAUUAUUUCAAAGGUGGUCCGCAUCGUUUUUAUUUUAAUGAGGCCUAUGAUAGUUCUACUGGAACCUUUGAUGAACCACCAUCUAUUGCUCAACGAAUUGGAAGAGUUGGCAAGGGGAAAGGAAACAUUAAAGGAAAAAAGACGACUUCCAACGAAAAAGUUGAAAGCAAACCUGAAGAGUAUCCUGUUAUUAAUGAAAAGCUUAAGACUCUUGAUGUUUUUAGUGGUUGUGGUGGUUUGUCUGAGGGCUUCCAUGAAGCUGGUGUCAGCGAUACUCGGUGGGCUAUCGAAAAAGAAGAACCAGCUGCUCAAGCCUUUAGACUGAAUUUUCCGGAAUGUUCUGUAUUUACAGAAGAUUGCAAUCUCUUAUUACGUCUUGUUAUGGAUGGUCAAGAGACAACGUACAAAGGUCAGAACCUUCCACAAAAAGGAGAAGUAGAACUGCUCUGUGGUGGUCCGCCAUGCCAAGGAUUCAGUGGCAUGAACAGAUUUAACUCUCGGCAAUAUUCACUCUUCAAGAACUCUUUAAUUGUAUCCUAUUUAAGUUAUUGUGAUUACUAUCGGCCUAGGUUCUUCUUGCUUGAAAAUGUCAGGAACUUUGUGUCUUUCAAAAGGAGCAUGAUUCUUAAGCUGGCUUUAAGUACUCUAGUACGCAUGGGGUAUCAGUGUACGUUUGCUGUUCUACAAGCUGGUCAAUAUGGCGUUCCUCAAACUAGAAGAAGGGCUAUAAUUUUAGCAGCUGCCCCUGGAGAGAAACUUCCUUCCUUUCCUGAACCUCAACAUGUCUUUUCACCUCGUGCUACACAACUAACUGUUGUUGUAGAUGAUAAAAAAUAUAGACCUAAUAUAAAGUGGACAUCAUCCGCGCCUUAUCGCACAGUUACAGUUGGGGAUUCAAUGUCUGAUUUGCCAUCUAUAAAAAAUGGAGCCAAGGCUGAAGAAAUUUCGUACUCGGGUGAUCCAGUCACGCAUUUUCAAAAAAAGCUAAGAGGUCAGACUUAUCAACCAGUAUUGAGGGACCACAUUUGUAAAGAAAUGAAUCCUCUUGUUGAAGCAAGAAUGAGGCAUAUUCCAACGGUUCCUGGUGCUGAUUGGAGAGAUCUUCCAAACAUAAGUGUAAGGCUUAGUGAUGGGAGUAACACUAAAAUUCUAAACUAUACGCAUCAAGAUAUUAAGAAUGGAAAAUCUUCUACUGGUGCUCUUCGAGGUGUCUGUGCAUGUGCCAGUGGUAAAGCAUGCGACCCAAUGGAUCGACAGUUUGGAACACUGAUUCCGUGGUGCUUACCACAUACUGGUAAUCGACAUAAUAAUUGGAGUGGUCUGUAUGGUCGUUUAGAAUGGGAUGGAUUUUUUUCAACAACCAUAACAAAUCCUGAGCCAAUGGGAAAACAGGGACGAGUUUUGCAUCCAAAUGAAAACAGAGUUGUAAGUGUUCGUGAGUGUGCCAGAUCCCAAGGCUUCCCAGAUUCUUACAGGUUCUUCGGUACAAUAUUGGACAGACAUAGACAGAUUGGAAAUGCUGUACCGCCUCCUUUAGCUGCUGCAAUUGGUCUUGAAAUCAAGAAAUGCCUCGCGUACAACGAAUCAAUAAAACAAUCAUCAGACUGUGAAUAGAUUAUACUCAUUUACUGUGAUCAUGCUUAAUGUAUUUUAAUUAUCAAAUGUUUUAAUUAUCUUGACGUAUCUUAAUAUUUUAUCACCGCCCUAUAUUUAAUGAAUUUAGGGAUAAGAAAUAUUCGAUUUUACAUGUUCCUGUAUCAUUUCAAUAUAUCAUGUGGCAUUCGACGGGAUUACGUUUUUUAAAUGCCUGAAAAAAUAUUUUAUUGUUUAAAUUUAUAUGUAUAUUUUUAAUAGCAUUUGUAAAUUUUCACUUUUAUUUCAUA